AUGUCGAAGGGCGAAGAGCCAUUUUUGGUCGAUCUGGCAAUCGUGCUGGACAGCUCGAUGACCAUUGGACGGUCGGGAUUUGAGAAUGAGAAGACAUUUGUUGAGCAGCUUGCUUCCCGUUUCGUUAUCCGGCCAGAUCGCGUACGUAUUGCCUUGCUGCAGUUCUCGGAACAGAAAAAGAUGAAUCCGGUUGGUGCCCAGUUGCUGGCCCGUCUUAAAGAGAUAAACAAUGAAGUCGUCCUCAUUGCUUGUUUGCGUACCAUCCACUAUACCGUAAAUCAUCAGAGUUCGGACUGCGCUUGUUUCCACUACGUAAUCCUAUCGCAUCCGUCAUGGAUAUGCGAUGAGACGCCCAAGUUUGGGCAGCAACACGGCUCGUUCCCAAACUCCGUCUAUUUUCGUAUUCCGUUCGACGGUGGCCGCCAUUUUGGCGGCACUCCGUGGCACUCAGAACGGCGAUGUGGCCACGUCCGAGCGUCGCGACGCGCCUCAUCUGAUAGCGGUUAUCAUGUUUCGAUCUACGUGUCGUUGGACGCCUCGAACCGACACAUCGAUGAUUCACGUUCCAACUUUGGGAGAGGGAUGCGCAUUACCGACCACACUUACUCGUACAAGGAAACGAUCGGAGCAGCGGCAGCCGAAAGUGAACAGGAAUCAUCUACGCUGUUAGGGGACUCAAAGAACGUCAGUCAAACCAAGAAUCGAGUUAAUAGAAAAAAUGGCUUGGCCAUGAUGCUCAUAGAAAGCUCUUUGAUAUUCACGAAUGUCACAGAAAUGCUGGUACGAAAGCGAACGUGGCAAAAAGAAAUCGAGACGAGUGUGGCGGAGUCACCGUUGACGCACGGCCUUCGUUCAUCGAGAACACCACGGAUAGCCUGUCGGUACGACGACGAUGACAUCAGCGAUGCAUUCUUAGAUGUUAUCGAAGGUCAGGGGCAAAGAGCAAAAGCGAGGAGCAGUGGCGAGUGCAGCAGUGGCAGCAGUGCAGCCGUCAGAGAAAGCCAAGAGUGCCGAAGAGUCCAGUUGGACUCUUUCCAAACGUGGACAACUUCUUCCCAUCCCUGCGUUGGUCAUCGGACUAUGCUCUUCCCAGACACUCGUCCAACGAUGAGGAUGUUGAUCGGUGGUUGCAUUAUGUUCCUGAUCGCGUCGAUCGUCGCUCUUGAGGGCAACCCGUGCGAGCGACAGCCGUUCAAGGCGUACUGCCCCGCGGACAGCAGUGGCAAAACAUCCCGGUCCACGUUCGUGCUCCGCUACUACAAGAAAGGCAGCCAGUGCGUGUCUUAUCCGUACGGCUACUGCAAACACGGAGAGACCAUACAGCUCUUCCGCUACAAGAACGACUGCGAGAAGCACUGUCCCAACCAAAGUAGGUCUCUGGUCUGGUGGGCGCUGCCCACUGACUAG